AUGGCUGCCGCGAGUACUAGUGGUUUUGAUCAAUAUAUGACCAUAUUUUCCCCAGAGGGAAGGCUUUUCCAAGUUGAGUACACUUUUAAGGCCAUCAGCCUUGAUGGAUUGACGUCUGUUGGUAUCCGUGGAGAGGAUUGUGCUGUUGUUGCCUGCCAAUGCAAAUUACCGGAUAAAUUAAUCGAACGUGCCUCAGUCUCGAGACUUUUCUCUUUGACGCCUCACAUAGGAUGUCUCAUGACCGGGAUGAUGCCAGACUGUAGAUCACAAGUUCAGCGUGCUCGAUACGAAGCUGCUAAUUUUAAAUACAAAUUUGGUUAUGAAAUACCGUGUGAUGUACUUUUAAGACGGAUUGGUGAAAUUAACCAGGUGUAUACUCAGUCAGCAGAAAUGCGACCUCUUGGUUGUUCUAUGAUGGCUAUCGCGUAUGACGUAGAGCUUGGAUGCCCUCAACUUUACAAAACCGAUCCUAGUGGGUUUGUUUCAGGACAUAGAGCUGCCGCUGUUGGUACUAAGCAAAUGGAAGCGAAAAAUUACCUAGAGAAAAAACUAAGAAAACAGCAAAAUUACACAUUGGACGAUGCAAUAGAAGCUGCAAUCAGUUGCCUCUCGCACGUAUUGGCUCUUGAGUUUAAAUCGUCGGAGCUGGAGAUCGGCGUUGUUUCAAAAAAGGAACCUAUUUUCAGGUAA